AUGAAGCUGAUUGUCACUGGCGCAAACGGCUACGUCGGCAGCGAAAUUAUUCGCCAAAGCCUGAAGCUGCCUCAAGUCACCAGUGUCGUUGCUGUCUCGCGAAAGCUUGUAUCCCCUCCAGCUGGUACUAUCCCGACGCGUUUCGAGUCUGUUGUGGUGCAAGACUAUGGAACCUAUCCUGAUCACGUAAGAGAUGCAUUCCGCGGUGCAGAUGCUUGCAUCUGGACCGUUGGUAUAACGCCUAUGGUUUAUCGGUCGCUGGAUCCUGCGCAAGCACGCAAGAUUUGCGUUGAUGAUACAUUUGCCGGCCUUCAAAACAUGGUCAAGUCCUCGACGAAUAAGCCAUUCCGCUUCCUGUACAUGAGUGGCGCCGAUGCGGAGACGGAUCAGACCAAGACUCCGCCAGUUAUGCCCGAAUACUUUCUCAUGCGGGGCGAAGUUGAGAAUCAGGUGAUGGGCUUUGCAAAGCAGCAUCCCGACGAGGUUGUAGCAUGUGUAGCGAGACCUGGGUUUAUCAUUGAUCAUUCUACGGACGUCCAAGCCUUAAAGUCUCGCAUGCAGAAGGAUGUCACUGUGAUCAGAGUUGAGUCUGUUGCGGCUGCCCUUUUACAUCAGGCCCUGAAUGGAUUCGACAAGGAGAUUCUGUGGACUGAUGACAUGAGGUCAUUUGACGAGACUGGUUGA